CGAAGUGUUCAUGUCCACAUGUGCAUGAUAGACAUUAUGUAGCAGGCUUUAGGGAAGCCUUUAGCUAACCCUGCUACGGGCUCGUCUGAUCGGGUUCUCCGUGUUGGGUCUGAUCCCUAUACGGCGCCACAUAUUUUGAGAGACUUCCAUAUCUUACUUAUCGUAUAAAGUCCCACGAUGUUCACUUUUGUAUCGUCCGUGUGCCAGAGUAAUUGGUCCUUCACUUUUUGGCAUAAACAUUCAUUCUAUUCGAAGUCUUCUUCUUGUUCAUACGUUUUUUGAAUCAUGCAUUUCUCCAAGGUCGUCCUCUUUUCGGCUUUUGUCACUUUCUUUCCAUUCGUUUAUGCCUGGCCGGCAAUGGCAAGUUCCGCCAGCGAUCUUACCAGACGCCUCAUAGAACUAGAGAAGAGUAGGACCAUGUUGACCCGCCCGAACAUGCGUGUUCGGCACAUGGUACGCAAACGAAACCCGCAAGCCGACGAUGACGAAAACGGAGAAGAGGAAGAGGAAGAAGAAGAAGACCCAACUCACAACGAAGACGACGAUCCUAACGAUGACGACGGCACCCCCGUCCUUAUUGGCGACCUCCUCCGGGACGGUGCGCGCACCGAAACCGGCAACGCCAUUGCCGGAAUUCUCCUGAAAACAACCUCCGGCCAGUCCACCGUCCCCCUCUACACCCCUCCCGGCGCCCUCGACUCUCCAGCCUGCCAGCAAGACACCUGCUGCGUCUGGUCAUAUAUCUCCACCGCCAUGACAACCGCCUUCACCGGCCCAACCGGCCGCUGCAACGCCCUUGCCCGCGCCGCCAUCCGACUCGGCUUCCACGACGCAGCAACCUGGUCUCAGACCGGAGCCCUCGCAGGCCAAGACUACGGCGGCGCAGACGGCAGCAUCGUGCUCUCCGGCACCGAACUCAGCCGACCCGAGAACAACGGCCUGCAACGCAUCGGCGCCCAAAUGGCCGCGUGGAAAGCCGAGUUUGGCGUCGGCAUGGCCGACCUAAUCCAAUUCGGCGCCAUCCACGCCGCCGUGACAUGUCCGCUCGGCCCACGCCUCCGGUUCUUCGUGGGCAGACAGGACAGCAGCACGCCUGCGGCAGACGGCCUGCUGCCCGACGUGCAUGCGUCCGCCGACUCGCUGAUCGAGCUAUUCGCCAACAAAACGAUUGUGCCGCACGACCUUGCCGCGCUGCUGGGCGCGCACACGACGUCAACGCAGCUUCUCGUGGACGCCUCGCACGCGGGCCAGGGACAGGAUAGCACGCCGGGGGUCUGGGACGUGCGGUAUUAUGGCGAGACGCUCGCGGCUCAGGCGCCGGAUGGGGUGACGAGGUUUCAUAGCGACGAGGUGUUGAGUGUGCAUCCGAAGAUGAGUAGCGAGUGGAGCAGUUUUACGUUUAGUGAUGGGCAGGACCAUUGGAAUGAGGAUUAUGCGCAGAGCUAUACGCGCAUGAGCAUGUUGGGAGUGAAUGUUAUGAAUGGGAUGGUGGAGUGCAGUGGGGUUGUACCGGAGGCGCAGAGGGUGUUUGAGGGGAGUGAGCAGCCUGGUGUUUUGGAGUAGUUGUGUGGAUAGGGGCUCGAGUGGACAGGGUUACGCGUGGCUUCCAAUGCAUAUAUACUCGACUUCCUUUUAGAGAAUCACAUUGAGGAGAUUUUCGACCAUACCUCCGGA